GGGGGAGCUGGGGCGGCGCAUGCGUCCUGGCGUCCUCCCGGGCCCGGUGGCCCCCUCGGCCCCGCGACAUGUGGUCGCCCGCCGCCUCCCCGCGCCUCCUGCUGCUCUUCAGCGGGAAGAGGAAGUCCGGCAAGGACUUUGUGACCGACGCUCUGCGGGCCAGGAUUGGACAUGAGUCGUGUGCCAUCCUGCGCCUGUCCGGCCCGCUGAAGGAGCAGUAUGCGCAGGAGCACGGCCUGGACCUCCCCCGCCUCCUGGACGCCAGCGCCUACAAGGAGGGGCACCGAGAAGCCAUGAUCCUCUGGGGAGAGGAGCGGCGGCGCCGGGAUCCCGGCUUCUUCUGCAGGGCCGCGGUGGCAGGCGGCUUCCCUCAGCCCAUCUGGCUGGUGAGCGACGCCCGCAGAUCGUCGGACCUGGCCUGGUUCCGGGAGGCCUACGGGGCCGUGACGCAGACGGUGCGAGUGGAAGCGGCCGAGGAGACGCGGCGGAGUCGGGGUUGGGUCUUCACAGCCGGAGUGGAUGACGCCGAGUCGGAAUGCGGCCUGGACUGGGAGACGUUCGACCACGUGGUCCGGAACGACGGGGACGGGCAGGCGUUGGAGGCCCAGCUGGCCGCCCUGGAGGACCUGAUGCGGCGUCACCUGUAGAGACUUCUGGGGGCGGAGUUCGAGUCCCCCCACACUGUGGGACCCUUCGCCCAUUCCUCGUCCUCCUGCCCUCACACCGGAAGAUGGGCGCGGGGGCCCGGACGGUGACGGAGUAAAUAAUGAUAAUAAAUACGUAAUAAUAAUAAUGA